AUUAGACCAGCAAGCGGUUGUCAAAAUGAGAGAGUCACAGGCUUUAGUCUAUUUGCCCCCGUCGAAGUGCACCUCUCGAACUGCAGAGAUUCAGCAGCAGAAGCCGGUGAAGGAGAUCACAAUUGACCAGGGGAGUUUGACUGUGCAAGACAAACAGGUUUUGAUUGAGGCUCCCACUGGCACCGAAAUGCAAGUUUUCCAUGCUCUCCAGCGCAGAGGACUUGCCUUGCACUAUGCCCAUUUGCAGAGCUACCUGAGCCACCAAAGGUGGGUGAACCACCUUUUCAUGCUUCUCAGCAGGGAUGUGCCUGCUGGUUUCCAGAAGGUUACAUUGGUCCAGGUUCUUCGAUGUGACAGAUCCGCCUGGGUGGAAGCCGCCAGAUGUGCUCAUGAUCUCAAGUCUGGCAUUUGCGGUGUUAAGCCCUUGGAUGCGAUUUUCAACAAUAUGAUUUCCAAUCCUUCAGUCAUGUACCAUGUAAUGCCCUUGCCAAGAGCAUCGUCUACCGCUGGUGAGGACAGGAAGCGUUCAGGUGAUCACGCAGCCAGCUCCUACUCAGCUGGCCACCAGAACAAAUGGUCGAGACCUGAGCAUGGCCCGUCCAAGGGCAAGAGCAAGGGCAAAGGCAAAUCACGCGUGCCUGCCAUGCCAGAAGAACUCAGAGGUAUGUAUUACCGCACGUCCACUGGGGAUCCUAUCUGUUUUGGUUAUAACACCAAGAAGGGGUGUGCCUCCAACACAACCCCAGGAGAACGUUGCGCAAGAGGUCUUCACGUUUGUGCCAAGCCCCGAUGUCAGCAGGCGCACGCAGCAUUCGAACAUGUCUGACAAAGCAUGCGGCAUCGAUCGUUGAGCGAGUGCUUCAUUGUCGAGGUUUUCUCCGGUUGUGCGCGCUUGACAGCUACCGCUCGCCAUUUUGGUAUGAGCAGCUCGUUUGGGGUUGAUCACAAAACCCCUAAACAUGUUUUUGGGCCGGUCAUCAACCUUGACUUGACUUGCAAAGCAAAUCAAGACUUGUUGCUGCAGUGGAUUGAGAGCCCGAUGUGCAUUUUUGUUCACGCAGCUCCACCGUGCGGAACAUCGAGCCGCGCGCGAGAGAUUGAUGCUGGUCCUUUUGCGCCAGAGCCUUUACGUACAGCGAAGUAUCCUGAUGGAGUACCAAACCUUAAUUCCAUCAAUGCCGACAAGGUUGCAUCGGCAAAUAUUCUUUACGAAUUCACGACCCGACUAUUUAUUCGCUGUUGUGAGCUUGACACAUUGUGCAUGGUUGAGAAUCCGGCUUCCAGCUGGAUGUGGUGUACAUCUUUUUGGGCCAUGGUCCCCGAUCGUCUUCAACACGUUAUCCUGCUGCACAUGUGCGUGCUUGGUUCAAAAAGGAACAAGAAAACAAAGCUUGUCGCCAACACACCAAUUUUUGACCCCAUGAAUCGACUUUGUGACAACUCUCAUCAACAUGCAUCGUGGGGCAGAGUUGAAGAUCCCGCACAUCCUGGGCAGUAUGUGUGGGCCACAAGUCUCGAAAGAGAAUACACAAGUGAAUUUUGCCAUGCUGUUGCAGAUCUUCUAAUUCAAUAUUUGGUCAAAUGCGGUGUCCAAGCACCCCCGCAAGUCCUUUGUGCGUUGGACUCAGGCGUGACAUUUGAGCAUGCCAAGGUCCAGACUGGCACUGUCAGCAAGGCCAGUAAGCUGCCACCACUUGUUCCACAUUACAGGCUUGUGGUUACUCUCACUGGGCAAUCUGCUAUGUUUCCUGCUUCUUGGAAACCUGGAUUCAAGUUGACACAUGACUUUUUCGUGCCUGAUUCUGUUUCUGCUCAGCCUGCAGUUCAUUUAGUUCCACAUCACUCCAAGAUCUUACGUUUGUCUGUCAAAGGGGGUGACGGUGGACAAACUCAAGAAGAGUGCUCGAGCAUUUUUGAUAAGCGCUCAAGCGCGUUCGAUGAGCAUUUACGUGAUGGAGAUUUGAGCAUUUUUGACAAACCUUCUGGCGAGGGUAUUGUUUCCUUUGCCAUUGGAAUUUUCUGGACGCCUUGUGAAUUUAUUCGUGAAGCGUGCGAGAAAGGGCACCCUCGCAAUGUAUUCAAUGUUAUUCCACAUGAUUUGCGGGAUGCGGUGAAUUUUUGUGAAGAAAGUGAACCUCAUGCUGUGGCGUCCUUUAGAGCAUUGACUCUAAAGCAUUGGAUACUCAGAGCCCGUGAUCUGUCGGCCGAAGAGAAGGCUAUGAAGGACGGGUUGCAUGGGCCUCUGCAGCGCAUUUUAUCUGCCAAGCGUGUGCUGCUUUUCCGUGACAUGCUUUCAGCCUCGGGGUAUCCUGACAAGAGUUUGGCUUGCGAGUUCCAGAAAGGCUUUUCCUUGCAUGGGCCAAUUCCCAAGUCAAAUGUUUUUGCGAAGAGAUUUCGACCUGGCGUUUUGUCUGCAGAAGAAUUGUGUGCAAACUCUACCAAGAUUCAGCAGGCAGUUUUGUCGAUGGUCAGGCAGUCGGAUGACGUGGAACUAGACAGGGCUGUGUGGCAUGAUACCCUGCAAGAAUGUGCAGCGGGUUGGGCGGACGGUCCUUUUGAGGUGAGCACUCUACCAUGUGACUGUGCUCCAAGCCGUCGUUUUGGAAUUCGACAAUCGACCAAGAUACGACUCAUAGACGAUUUCUCUUGCAGUUCUGUCAAUGCCACAGCCACGAUGGAGGAGAAGCCUGAUUUACAUGGCAUUGAUCACGUGGCGUGCUUGUCCCUCGAGUUCACCAAGAACAGCCGGCGGGAAAAUCAAGACCCGCUGCUCAUUAGAACGGUUGACUUGAAGUCAGCCUACAAACAGGUUCCUCUGGCCGAGGAUGGAAAGCAGCAUGCAGUGGUCAUUGUGUGGUCGCCUGAGCACUUGAGGCCUAUGUGGAUCAGACUUCAUGUGCUGCCAUUUGGAGCAACUCACAGUGUUAUGGCUUUCCUCCGGCUGGCCCACGCCAUUUGGUAUGUUGGUGUUGUGCUCUUUCGAUUGACCUGGACCCAUUUUUAUGAUGACUUUGUUACUUUCAGUCGGACUUCUCUGCAACAGUGCACAGGUAGCACAGUGGAAUGUUUGCUUGACUUGCUGGGAUGGAAUUUUGACAGGACUGGAAAAAAGGCUACACCCUUCGCGAGAGCGUGUGCCAUACUGGGUGUCAUGCUCAACCUUGACAGCUCGCCUGAGGGAUCCAUUUCCCUGUCAAACACUAACGCCAGAAAACAAGAACUGGGGCUGCUGCUGGAUAAGGUCAUUAGCGCUGGGACUUUGAGUCCUGCCCUUGCUUUGCAGUUACGUGGUCGGCUCGGAUUUGCGGAAAACCAGGUUAUGGGACGUGUAGGAGUUUUGCUCAUGAGGAAACUCACGGAGCAUGCCUAUACUUCGAAGACGUCCAGGCUUAGUGGUGACUUCAGCCAUGCCCUGCAAAUGCUGAAGCUUCGUGUUGUGACAGGGGAGCCACGCAGGCUGCAUGUUACAUCCCAUGAGUGCUGGCUCGUUUUUACAGAUGCAUCAUAUGAACCUGAAUCUGACAAUGCAGCUGGCCUGGGAGGACUUGUGGAUCCGCGUGGAAACGUUGUGGCUUGGUACUCUAGCACGGUGCCAGUGUCAACGCUGAACAACAUUGGCCAUGGAAGGAAAGGCCAAAUCAUUUUCGAGCUUGAACUCAUAGCAGUUUGGAUGGCCUACAAAGCCUGGGACAAAUUCCUCAGCCAGAGGCACUGCGUCUUCUUUGUUGACAACCAGGCGACCAAAGCAGCUCUUGCGUCAGGCACAACUGCGGUCAAAUGGGCCCAACAGUGUUUGUGUGAUUUGUUGCAGAUGGAAUUCACCUGUCAGUGUAUUCCCUGGUAUUCGUGGUUGGCCACAGCCAACCCCGCUGAUGCACCAUCACGGUUUGAGAACGAACCGUGGUUACCUGAAGAUUUGAAGACGCCCGUGAUAGGCCAAUGGUUUGUGCAGCUAGAGUCUUUGUCUAGUGGGGGUGGCUGAGACUCAGCUGCUAUCCCCGCUGGCAAAAGUGUGCAACUGCGACAGGUACCUUUUGCAUUUUCAUUUUAAGUGUUUAGGCCUCGAGAUCCCUUAAGUUGAAACUCUUGUUGAAAACAAGAUUCGACCUUAAGGGAGCGAAGUGGAGCUGCAUCAGCUGCGUCCUAAAUACUUGUAUCCGAAGUUUCGGCUCAGGGAGGUGGGUGGGUUCCCCCUUUUUGUCUCGCUGUCUUGGUUUCUUUUUGGCCCACCCUCCCAUCCCUGGUGCUGAUUUCGCGUUUCACUUGAGCCUAGCCCUGAGCCUGUGGCUGAGACUCAGCUGCUAUCCCCGCUGGCAAAAGUGUGCAACUGCGACAGGUACCUUUUGCAUUUUCAUUUUAAGUGUUUAGGCCUCGAGAUCCCUUAAG